GACCCCGGGCUGAGCGCGGCCGAGGGCCCGGGCGGGCCGCCGGUGCGGUGCGGGAGGCGCAGGCCCGGCCGGGAAGUUGAGAGAGGGAGGCGCAGUGCCGGCGCCCCUGGGGUACCGCGCGGACCCCAGGGCGCAGAGGCAUUUCCGGGGGUGGGGCGGGGCGUGGUGGGGUGUGGGUGUCGGACGGGCUCCUUCGCUGGACGCACCUCCAGCCGCCGCCCCGGUGCUUCGCUGCCGUUCUGGUCUCCGGGGGAGGCCGGUCUCCCCGCGAGGCCGAGGAGGGGACGAGGCAGAAAGUCCCCCGAGACACAAAGGAUUUUUCAAGUCACAUUCAACUGAUAGGAUGAAAAAAUUUAAGAGAAGACUAUCCCUCACGCUUCGAGGAAGCCAGACUAUUGAUGAAUCAUUGUCUGAAUUGGCUGAACAAAUGACUAUUGAAGAAAAUAGCAGCAAGGAUAAUGAGCCUAUUGUGAAGAAUGGCAGGCCUCCAGCCUCUCACAGUAUGCAUUCCUUCCUCCAUCAGUACACAGGGUCCUUCAAGAAGCCUCCAUUGAGGAGACCACAUAGUGUUAUUGGAGGAAGCCUCGGAUCCUUUAUGGCAAUGCCUAGAAAUGGAAGCAGAUUAGAUAUUGUUCAUGAAAAUCUAAAAAUGGGAUCAGAUGGUGAGAGUGACCAAGCUUCUGGGACAUCAUCUGAUGAAGUCCAGUCACCUACGGGUGUUUGUCUUAGAAAUCGUAUACAUAGACGGAUCUCAAUGGAGGAUUUAAAUAAGCGGUUAUCACUGCCUGCAGAUAUAAGAAUACCUGAUGGAUAUCUGGAAAAGUUGCAGAUAAACAGUCCACCAUUUGACCAACCAAUGAGCCGAAGGUCUCGUAGAGCUUCCUUAUCAGAAAUUGGAUUUGGGAAAAUGGAAACCUACAUCAAAUUAGAAAAGCUUGGAGAGGGUACAUAUGCAACAGUAUAUAAAGGAAGGAGUAAAUUGACAGAGAAUUUGGUGGCAUUAAAGGAGAUACGAUUGGAACAUGAAGAAGGUGCGCCCUGCACAGCUAUAAGAGAAGUUUCACUAUUAAAGGAUCUAAAACAUGCAAAUAUAGUAACCUUACAUGACAUUGUUCACACAGAUAAAUCUUUGACUCUGGUCUUUGAAUAUCUGGAUAAAGACUUAAAACAGUACAUGGAUGACUGUGGAAACAUCAUGAGUAUGCACAAUGUUAAGCUGUUUUUAUACCAAAUUCUACGUGGUUUGGCAUAUUGCCACAGAAGAAAGGUAUUGCACCGAGACUUGAAACCGCAGAACCUCCUCAUUAAUGAAAAAGGAGAAUUAAAGCUAGCAGAUUUUGGACUAGCCAGAGCCAAGUCAGUUCCCACAAAGACAUACUCAAAUGAAGUUGUCACGCUGUGGUACCGGCCUCCUGAUGUGCUUCUCGGUUCCUCAGAGUACUCAACACAGAUUGAUAUGUGGGGUGUUGGUUGCAUUUUCUUUGAAAUGGCUUCUGGAAGACCUCUGUUUCCAGGAUCAACUGUGGAAGAUGAACUGCACUUAAUUUUCCGACUGCUAGGAACUCCAUCUCAGGAAACUUGGCCAGGUGUUUCUUCAAAUGAUGAAUUCAAGAACUACAACUUUCCAAAGUAUAAACCACAGCCUCUGAUUAACCAUGCUCCCAGGUUAGACUCUGAAGGAAUUGAGUUGAUAACAAAAUUUCUUCAGUACGAAUCUAAGAAAAGGGUUUCAGCAGAAGAGGCCAUGAAACAUGUGUACUUUAGAAGUCUGGGACCAAGAAUACAUACUUUACCUGAAAGUGUAUCAAUAUUCAGUUUGAAAGAGAUUCAGUUGCAAAAGGACCCAGGUUUUCGAAAUUCUUCUUACCCAGAGACAGGUGUGUUUGUCAUAAACCAUUUCACAUGUCGAUCAUGAAAUUUUGCGUGGAACCAAGUUUUUGAUUUAUAAAUCAGUAAAAUUAUUGAUGUAAAUUACAGCCAAUGUACAGUGCAUUCCACAGCUGUGUAUGUUUAGCGUUGCACGUACUCACUUUUCUAUGAUGUGGGCAGCUCAGUAUUCUUCAGAAAGAAAUCUGACUCAGUCAAGUCAGGGAUCCUGAAAGCUGCAGAUGACACAAAGACCUUUUACAAGUGGCCUGGCUUGAUCACUGCACACGCCAUCCCUGGUACCUGAGGCAGAAGACACAUCUUGUGCUUCCCUAGUCAUCAGGUUCAUCACUUCGAAGCAUAGAAGCUGUAGACUGACCCUAUCAACAAGAGGGUCAUUUAAGACAGUGCUGAUCACUCUUACCGUGGAAUAUUAGCUUUUGCUGGUGGGAACAUUAGCUUCCUAGAGUCACCAAAUACUGUAUGUGGGAAUAACCUGAAACUUGAACUGCCUCAUAAAAUGACUUUAUAUUUUAGGACAUGGGAAGAACAGAAGACAGAGCAUGCUCUUUUAAGUCUGAUAACAUGGUUUCAAGCCCAGCCCCCAGCCUUUCUUAUCAAUCAAGGACUCAGAUCUGAAGGCAAUUUUUUCUUUUGGUGGACUUGGAAUCUCCGUUUGUCUACACUGUCCUCUUCACAGUGGAGUCUUUUUAUUUUAGACCUACAGAUUGUUUUUAUAUUUGUUGUCACAGUGUGACAAUUUUUUUGUACAGUUGGUUUUAAGGUCUUCUCUGCCAGUAGAGCCAGUAGGUUACAGCUAUUGAUGUAACUAUAGCUGCAAUUUUUGUGCAGGACUGAGAAACACAGUGCAUUAUUUAUUGCGGAAUCAUUGCUGCUAAAUAACUACUGUUUAUUUAACACAACAGUUGAAUGCCCGAAGAAGUUGCAGUGGCUUUAUUAUAUGUGAAUGCAACUGUUUCUCCUCCCGAAUUGUUUUACUGCUGCAUUUCUUGUUUUAAACUGCAUUGUUUCCUGGAAUGUAAAUUUAGCUUUGCUUAACAGUAAAAUAAGUGAGCCAUCUUGAACACUCUAAGUUCAUGCUAUGUAAUUUUUUUAUUGGACAUUGGCAAAUAGAGUAGCUAAGAAAUUGAUAAGCACAUUAUGUUAGGAAAGCAUGAGAUGCAGAAGUUGAUUCAAGCAAGUGAAUACCUGACAUUUUGGGGGUCUCACAUUAAAUUAAAGCACCAAAAUUAUUUAUUUUUACCUUUUCUGAUUUUAGAAAUAUUUACUACAUAUUAUUGGAUAUUAGUAUACUAAUACAUUUACCUAUUUUACAUUGUGCUUUUAUUUAGUUAAAACUAAACCAUAAAAGUCCAGUCAAACAUGAGAAGUCUUGUUUUUGUUUGUUUUAAAUAUAAUUCUUUUAAUAGAAAAGAUGAGACUUUAUUGGGGAACAAUUAAUUUCAUCUGGGGCCUGUGUAUGUGUGUGUUUUAAUACAUUCACUUGGAAUCAGCUGAAAGCUGUAAUAUGUCUUUGAAAUGAGCCAUGAUAAAUACAAAUGAGAUAAAUGAGAACUUAGCGGAUUGUUUUAAAGUAUUGUAGGUAUUAUCUGUUUACCAGAAAUAGUAAAUAUUACAGUUUUAGUUAUGCAUCUCUUUGAACAUCAUCAACACACUUGAGUGUUGGUAACAGUGUUUUAGCAGUUGUGUUCACUUUUAAGGACUAUUUGUUUAGUGCAUCUUACAAACUACAACUCUUAAUUGAUAUAUUUUGAAAUGGUGGUGUAAAUUUUUGGCUUAUAUAUCAUGAAAAUAGUCAUAAAUUAAUUUUUUUCCUGAUUCACUGUAAAACAUUCAGGGGUCCUACCAUUUCUGUUCAGGAAAUCUUGUAGUUUAUUGUUAUUUAACAGUAUUAAGUGGAUCUUGUAUAUUUCAUUUUAACUUUAUUUGUGAAUAGUGAUUGUGGCAUGUUUGGAGUGUUAUUUUAAUAUUUCAUAAUACUGAAAUUUUAAUUUUAAAAUUAAAAAAACAUUUUUCCGGAAGAAACAGAUUCAUGUAUAAUGGUGAAUAUUGGACCACUGCUGCUUUUCACAUUUGUAAAUUGGUUUUAUGUUAAACCCUGUAGCCUAACAAACUGCUGUUAUUUCUAACUGACAGACAUGUAUUAAUAUUGUACUUUGAAGGUUAUAAAUAUAUGUGGAAAUUCCUCCAUUUUGUUUUGAAAUUUAUAAUAACUAAAUCUUCAUGUUGUUAAAA